AUGAUUUCUCUUUUUCUCUUUUAUGUAUUUCUCGGCUGUGGAUGUAACGAUAUUGUUCGUAUUCCAGAUGAAGAUAUUCAAUAUCUUAAUGAACGUUUGCAAAUGAAGGAGUACAUGAAUGAAGAAGAUGCACUCAAUACAAUUGCUGAACUCGAAAACUUUUAUACUGCAAUAAAACUUGGAAUCAAAGGUGAACCAUCGGAAAUGAUUGACAAAGCAUGGCAUGCGCAUAUUUUAAACACUCCUAUGUAUUUCAAGUUCUCCGAAAUGGUCUUCGGUAAAUAUCUGCAUCAUUUACCAUUUUGGUCGGGAAAUAUACAGACGAGUGCUAACGCUAAUCUUGUAUCUCCGGCAAAAUCGGUCUACAACCGUCUUGAACAACUUGGUGUUCAGUACAUGAAUAAAACUGUCUGGACAUUUCGAUAUCCAAAAAUGAUGUUCAUGGAUGAUUAG